AAUAUCUGUAUGUAAGGAGAUAGUUUGUGUAUUGUUUUUAAUUAAAUUUCAUAAUAAUUUUCAUUGUUUCACACAACUGGUUAUUCAUUUAACUGUUUUAAUUAAAUCGUAAAAGUUGAGGUGAAGCCGGAAAUAUUCUUUAAUAUUCGCAGGAAGCACUCAGCUAUGUUUAUGCUUAUUGCAUUGCUAAUGUUGGCGUCUGCCUUCGCAUCUGACAUCGAGUCGGAAAUUUUACCCAAUGAUUUAAUCCAUGUCAUCAACUCGAACACUUCUCUGUGGGAAGCUGGAACAAACUUCCCUCCAGAUACUCCCUUGUCUUUUUUAAAAAAGUUGGCUUCUCUCAAAGGAUACAACAACGAUCCCAACUUUGAGGUUCCCCUCGUUAGAUACAACAACAGGGACAAUGUUCCAAACUCAUUCGAUGCUAGUUCUGCUUGGCCAAAAUGUAAAACGAUCAAACAGAUCAGAGACCAGGGACGAUGUGGUUCUUGUUGGGCUUUUGCUGUUGCCGAAGUAAUGAGUGAUAGGCAUUGUAUUUCAAAAAAUGAACAAUUUAUAUAUUCUCCAGAAGAGUUAGUCUCCUGUUGUUCUAAUUGUGGAUUUGGAUGUAAUGGUGGUUACAUUAUUCAAGCUUUCAAAUACUGGGUAUCAAAUGGGAUUCCAUCUGGUGGAGACGAAGGAUCCAAUCAUGGGUGUCGACCAUACACUGCCGGUUCAACCGGUGUCACACCAAAAUGCAUUCAACGUUGUGUCCCUGGUUAUUCACCGUCCUGGACGAAUGACCUUAAAUACGGAGUAGAAGCCUAUUAUGUUAAUGCCAAUGAAGAGGAUAUGAAGAAUGAAUUGGUCAAGAAAGGCCCAAUUGUAGUUGGUUUUGAUGUUUAUGAAGACUUUUUUCAAUAUAAAAGGGGAGUUUAUACACACACUGCAGGUAAACUUGUAGGAAGGCACGCAGUCAAGAUAAUAGGAUACGGAACUGAAAAUGGUGUUAAAUAUUGGCUGAUCGCAAACUCUUGGGGAGAAAGAUGGGGUGAUGGAGGUUUCUUCAAAAUAAAACGUGGCACAAAUGAAUGCAAUAUUGAAUCCAGACCAUGUGCUGCCAAUCCGCGAACCUAAUUCUUCUUUAUUUUUUAUUAUAAUUUGGUGUUAGACCUGUUAAAUAAAUAGAAGAGCAUGAAAA